GCAACUCUUCUGCUGCUUCUUCUCGUCUUUUUGCGCGCCUUCGUCGUGCCGCUGCCUCCUGGGCGUAGACAGAGACGACAAGUGGAUAGGAAGACGACGAUGGACAAACGGGACAGCUCUGUCGGACAGCAAAGACGUGCGAUGGAUUUCUCCACUCCUGAUCGGCCCCUGUCCGGCCAUCGACCUGCCGCAUAUGACCCGUCCUUGUACAGUCAUCUUCCACCGCACGAGCAGCCGUUGCCGCCGGAUCCGGAGGACGCCUGGGUUGAGGAUCUGUCGCACACACUUCCUCUGGGGAGUGGAUCUACGCAGGAGUGGACGAGCAGGCAGUGCCAGCAGAGGGAAGCAGGGACCACGCGCGAGUCAUUCACCGCAUUGCUGGAGGAGGGUGUCGACAACGCCACCACGGAGCUUGUGGACUUGGAUUUUGGAUUGUGCAGCGGGAGUGGUGCAAGUGGUCCGAUCCACGGCGGGGGGGAGGUGGGAGCGCCCCGUGUCGAUGGGCCGACGAAUGGGUGUCGUCCACCGGUCUCGAGUUCCAUGGGCGCCGGGCCAGUUGGCGAGUCGUCAAGGGCAGUGACACCCACCCGCCCCUCGGUGUCUUCGCCUGCAAUGCGGCAGAGGGCGACCUCAAGUCCUGCAAUCAAUGAUGGGACUCCACCGGAAGACAUCGGGAGGCAGGCGUGGGAGAACUGCCGCCUACAGAUGCGGCGUGCUGCCGCGGAGAACAUAACCGCCGGUGUGUCCAGGCUGCGUGUGGGGAGCGACGUGGAUGCGGACGACAACUGUCGGGCGAGUGGGGACGAGUCUCCGGAUUCCCGUUACGAAGACGACGCGGAAGACGGUGAGGGGCUGGAGAUCCGACCCAUGGCUGCGCGUGGUGGGCGGAGGGGAGGACGCGGACGUCAGCAGAGGGGCGAGUCGCGUGGUGGCCGAGGAUCGAAGGCUCCUGCGACAAGGGUAUCACCUCAGAUGACAUGGCGGCGCGCAACUGGAUAAUGGAUUCGGACAUGGACACGCAGUCUGGCGCCGCCAUCACGUGGUGGAGGAGCUCAYGCUGCCUGCGAAUAGACACUCUCAUCGUCAACCGCGCUGUCGUUCUCUCGAUGCGACAUCGCAUGGCCACUGCCGACACUGCUGCAACCACCGCAUUUCUCUCCACCGUGCUCAAGGUCUUGCCACGAACCUCCUGCGACACGUGUUCCAUCACGAUGCUCCAACGGCGCCUUGUUGAACACGCACAACAGACGGACGACUCGACCCUCGUCGCACACUGUCCCAGCGGACGUUGGAGUGGUUGAGGGCAGCUCCUCGUACACGAACGACGGGCGUGCGAAGCUAUGGCGAGCCACCGGAUCGUCGUCAUCUGCAGGAAAAGGAAAGUGGGACACGCACCACUUCACGCGCUCCAACGUCGUCACCUUUCGUGCCGCGCCGGCUGACGAUCGAAUGAAGGAGUCGCCAACAG